AUGAACGAUUCCACCGUGGAAACCUCGCGGUCACCGCAAGGACAUCCAGACGUUGAAGUUGAGCCUGAUGUACACGAGGCUCAUGGCCGCCGUCCCGGCUCCCAAAGCUCGCCCAGCCUUCCAUUCGAUUACCAACCGGAAAGAGCUAUUUGUCGAACUCGGAAAUCUUUCACUUCUCCGAUCAAAUCAGCCGGUCACAAAAUCAAAGAGUUUGUUCUCGAUCUUCUCAACGCCAAAAACCGAGUCAUUGUGAUGAUGCAUCUGCACCUGGCGAUCGGGGUUGACAAUCGAAGGGAUCUGCAGGCUCUCAAAACGAUUGUCUCUGAGUGUAAAAAAGACCUCGUCGACCCAGAAGAGGGAAAAACGAUACAGCUGCACAUCCCGGCCAACCACAACUGCGACAAGGGCACUCAGGGUUUCUGGGCCCGGCUGGACACAGGCUCCUUGGUCCAAUCCUUUGUUCGUGAGGGAGUGAUCCUGGAUAUCAAUGGAACGUAUACCCCUCUAGAGAGUCUCACGGCGGGGCGGCGAGCACGAUGUCAGAACAUCCGCUCUUUAGGCGUCAAUCAACUUCCCCUUCCGGUUCUAGGAAUCGCCAGUCUUCAAGUGUUCCACCCAGACGCUCCAAACGUCCUCAUCACUUGGCCGUACAUGGUUCUCUCGCAAGAGUGUGAUAUUGAAUGCGACUUCCUCCUGGGCACAGAUUGGUUAUAUGCGUUAGAGACUUGUCUCCAAGCGAAGAAGACACGUUCGAGGCAAAAUGCCACCACCGUCUCCAUGGCCUACGUUGUGGAUGGUCCCGCGGAGAACGACGUCCGAAUGUCACGAGACGAAAAAAGAAUACACGAAUUCAUCAGCCAUGCACACCUGGCCGCUUAA